AUGAGAGCCUCUACUGCACAUGCGUCGAGAAUACUCGCCGUUUUCCUUUUAUUCUCACAGUUCUAUAUUCUCAGCGCGCAGAAUCUCGGUGUCUUGCCCACUCCCGUGGCAUGGCUACCUCGGCGCAAUGUUGAGCAACAUGGCACGGGUUUCGAUAAACGGGCUGAUAUCCAGACACAAAUGUCUACCUGUGGCUUUGAAAAUGGCGACCCCAGCAAGAUGCGCACUGCCGCCCCGGGAUUCGACUGUCGAGUUGACACGAUGAAUGGCCUUUGGGGCUUCUGUCCGGUCACAGUCAUUGCAGCUACCGAUUGCGGCUUGGCUGGAAGCUGUAUUGACCAAGCAUCAUGCUCGAGUGGAUGCGGGCAAACGGACAUGACCCAGUUGACUACAUUUACUUGUGGACCGAAACAAUUCUGCUCAACCGCCCUCUUGACGUUUGGAGUCGAUCAGACAUACACCUACAUUGCCUGUGGAGGCAGUCCCAAGACUGACCACUAUCUUGCUUCCCCCACCUCGCAGCCAUCUUCAACGACGACGAGCACGACGCAAACGAGCUCGGCUCCGGUUCCAUCAUCGUCCAAGUCAACAAAUGCAACUCCAGGCAGCACAUCAGAGCCAUCAGGGCCCUCAACGACUAAUGCGCUCGCAAAAGAAACCAACGAUAACAGUGGAAGCAACGAUGGCGGUGGCUCUUCGACGAACAAUACUGGGGCAAUCAUUGGUGGCGUCAUCGGCGGCAUUGCUUUGUUAUGUCUAUUUGGCAUUGCUGCCAUUUUACUUUUGCGGAGGACCCGAUCACGUCCUCCCGCGCAAAGAGAGGGCCACCAGGCUUGGUAUCAUCUUAGCCCCAAACCUAAAACCGAUCAUCGUUCCACGGGCGGCUGGGGGCCUACGGAAUUACCAAGCUCGUCGUAUGACAGAACUUCUAUGCAUCCCAUAGAACUACCCAGCUGACAUUCUCAUACGCCAAUUGUUG